GAUUCAAACAUUGUAUAAUUCAUGUGACCUAGGAUUAAUUUCUAUACGGUAUCACUUCGAACCCACCCAUUUUAUUAUCGAAUACACUGGCAUGAAUAAGCGCGGCUCUGAAUUCAAUAAUGGCAAAGGAAAUUGCAAAGAGCAAGAACUUAAAAAGAUCUAGGGAAGACGACAAACAACCAAUAUCAGUCAAGAGGAAAACGAAGCAUGACCUCCAAGAAAAUGGAGGAGAACAAAUCGAUAUCGAUUCUUCUUUGAAAAACAAGGCACGGAGAGAGUUCAUUCAAAAUAUGUUAGAACUGAAGAAGGAAGAUCUGGUGUGCUCGUGUACGGGUUGUAAAAUCGGGAGACGUAGAGAGCGUGAAAAGGCAAUUUCAUUAUCAAUGUAUAUUCUACAGGAAAAAGACAAACUAAUCACGGCUAAUCACGGCUGUGGUGAAGAAAAGAGUGAGACCAUGAUUUUGGUUAGAGCUAGCCCACAGAGAAAGAUGCUAAAUAGCAAUAGAAAAUGUCGCGGUAUAUGAACACAGUUUACCAUGCAACAGCCCACCUUGAGGAGAAGAUUUCUGGUAAAACUCUUCUCCAAAACUCAAGAUGUAGAUUUUGCGCGGAUACACCAAGUUGCCCUCUUCAGUCUCACAAUAUGAUAUCCAAAGGAUCCCCCGUGGAAGUAAAUAGCGAAAAAGUUGACGAAGGAGAAAACAACAAAAUGAGAGCAUCCAAGAAAGCCCAACGCAAGAGAUGAGAAGCCAUAGCUAUUUGAAGCCAGUUGACAUGAUACACGAAUGUCAAAACCAUACAAGGAAGAGUUCAAAGAAGCGUAGUUCGGAAAGAAUAGACUUGUGAUUGUGUCAUCAAUUCUUUCUUCAGAUUUCUAGGUACUGGAGGAGAAUCUUGAGUGAACCUGUCGUCUGAUGAGCGAGUUGAGGUUGUCACAAUGUGAGCUUAGCUUAGUAAUCAAUUACUACCACCA